UGUCAUCGGACGAGGUUGAAUCGGUGGCAGAGUCAACGACUCCCUCAAGGGCGACUGGGUGCUCACGGCAACGCUCCGUCGCCACUCUUCUAUCUCCUAGAAUCCCGGUGUCAGAGAUGUUCACGUUGGUCUUAGGUUAUGGAAGAGGUCACCUACCCUCCGUAAGUCAGGUUCUUCGCAUAGUCCCUGGCAUUCAGGUCCCCACUGGCCGUAUUGGUCGCACGCCUUCUGGAUCCACUUUGCGCAACCUUCGCAAAGAGAUCUUGACGACGUGAUGCCCAUGACGCAGGGUUUAUCCUGGACAAGUCUUUCAUGUCCGGCGCUGGAGGGUCGUUGGCUGGGUAGCAGCCCUGAAAGACGUUUAGUUAGCGGUCGGAAGGCCGUGAGGAAGGCGCGGUGAGCUUACGAAGUGCCCGAAGAGAAGGGAGCCCGCCGUGAGGCCAAUGGCGCCAGGCAGGUGAGGUGGGGAGAGGGUAAGGAGAACUCAUGACUCUGGGGAGCUUGCGGUUUGUGACUUGCUUUCCACGUCCUACUGCUUCUGAGUGACGGUGCGGGCGGACUGGUUGAAUGGGAGGGCUGUCGAGAUGGUACAACAUCGACACGACGCAUGGGCGUACCGGUCAACUCGUUGUCGACGCCACUCACGGCCCGUGGGAUGGACUCGCGGGUCACACCCUCGACGCCGGAACUAAUCCACUCGUAGUUUGUCAUGUUGAUCGACGGUCUCACUGAAGGGCGUUUUUGUAGGACGAGGUGGACGUGAAGAAUGGGUUGGUUGGAAUCAGAGUAGGAGGCCCGGGGACGCGCCGUUCCAGUCCAGUCAUGCCGGCAUCCUCCCCUUGUUCCCGCGCACGUCCCCUGGGAAAUGCAGCAGCGACGUCAACAAGAGUGAGCGCGGUUAGCAUGAGCUUCUACGCUCGCGAUAUCCGCACGGCGGGCGCCUUAUUGGAUCAAAACGCCAUCUAUCUCCCCCGAACUGGUAUCCAAGAGAGCCCUGACUGUCUGCAUGAAAGAACCUGAGUUGCUUUGUCGGAAUUAAAUGCCACCGCCCUUUUGGGCGACUGGCGAUGAUGUUGAUUUCUCUUCGCGAUCAGGUGGUCGGGAGGCUCACGCCUUACUCAGGAUACGAACAGCAAACUUCCGGAAAUUUUACCCGCGACAGAUUGUCUGGGUACCCUGAGUUCCCUUGCCAGUGUAUCGGGUCUCAAGAGACAUAAUAAUAUGGGGUUUGU